ACAGGAUCCUUUGAAGUCGGAGUAGAUAGCCAGAGCGAAAUCACGAAAGCACCCGAAUGUCCAUUGAGAACGCACAACGACUGUACCAUAUAGCUAAGCUAAGAAUGACGGGAAUAAUCAAGUCAAUAAACAUUGGGUAGCUAGUUAGUUAGCCUACAGUUAACAUACUGGCAAAUUUGAUGUAUAAGUUAGUAGCCAACUAACGUUAGGUAGGUAGCUAACAUACAUACUGUUGUAAUGAUUUGCAAUAUGGUUCGUAAGGACAGCAUAGCUAACAAAUUGUCAGCCAACAUAACGUGUAAAGUAACUUAUUUGAAAAAUCAUUACUUUAUUACGUUGCUUAACAUUUGUCUUAAAUAGUUAAAACAAUGAAUUUGUAUCCGCUGUCGUACUUCGGCUGCAUAUUUUCCGCUAUUGUCUUCAUAUCGGAAAACGAUGUGAAGCCAUGCCCAUUUCCUGAAGAAUUGCAUUAGGGGCCCUAAAGUACAGAAAUAGUGUCCUCCGCGUGUAUACUUCAUAUUUUGGUGAAUUUAGUAUGACAUCUGGGAACUUUUGGCACACUAACUAUAUCCAUACUAUGACCAAUAAGCAUACUAUAUACUCAAUUCACAUCACAAAUAGUACAGUUAAUGUGGUUAGUAUAAGUAUUCGAACACGACUCAAGUGAUAUUUAGGUUUCCACCAUGGAGGUAGAAAAUCUUUGACUCAUCUUUAUAUAUGUGCACUAAUGGCUGCUUUGACACGCCCCUGAGGGCUUUCUCAUAGAGAUAGAUAGAGGACUCUAGUGCCCAAAAGCUGUUUUAGCAUGGGCAGCGCCAUUCAGUACUUUAGACAUUUUGAAAUAGUCAACUGUGCAAAGCAAAGGAUAGAGGGACAAACAGAGGGGACAGGUUUUUGGAAUGAAAUGUAGAUUUGAUUUUGGCUUGUGAUUCCUUUUGCUCCAAAUGUGUAAAUCUCCAAUAAAAUUUGUAUCAAUGAAAUAUCACAAAAAUCAAACAGGGUGGACAUUUUGUAGUCUUUGGUAUUUCCCAGCUUCUUAUUUCCCCAUCACUUCCUCUCAAAUGUGAGAAACGACCCAGAUACAGAGUAAGAAUGUGUGAAAGGCGGAACAGAAAGAGUUGUGGUUGAGAGACUGGUUAGGAGAAGUUGAACAGAAGGAGCAUGGUGCCUUGACAUUAUUGUAAACAAUGAGUGCUGGGCAAUAUCACACAUUUAAGCUCUAGAUUUCUCAGCUUACCCCUCAACCACACAUACACACACACAUCUACUCACACUUUCAACCCUAGACAAACCCAUGGCCAUUUAAUGUACCUCGUAACUCAGCAAAGAGUUGACCUGGCAAACAGGUUCUGAAAACAGUGUUGACACAUAUGACACCCACUAUGACCAGAAGCCUUUUAUUUCCCCUCAAAAUGUAGAAAUGGCCCGGAUACAGAGUAAAAAUGUGUGGAAGGCGGAACAGAAAGAGUUGUGGUUGAGAAACUGGUUAGGAGAAGUUGAACAGAAGGAGCAUGGUGCCUUGACAUUGUUGUAAACAAUGAAUGCUGUUGCCUGGCAACCCAAACUCCUUGCUCCGGCCAAACGCUACGCCACGCCCAUGGAUGUAAGUUUAUUCUCUGCAAUUAGUCUGGAUCUGAGUACCUCCCUGACGAUUUCUAGAACGCAAACACAUUCUAAAUGCUCUGAUUGGUCCCAGAAACCGAUAGGUUGGAGCAAAGCCAGAACACAUGUGGGUAAAGUAGUGUUACGAAAAUUUGUCAUUGGCUUUGAUACUCUGAUUGGUUAGAGAUAAUACAAUCACUGACAACUUUGUGUUGUACAUGACCUUUCAUUUUGACUUCACCACUAACGACUUCAACGAUGGCAGUCUCAGAUUGAAGUAUGUAGCGAACAUAGAACAGUGGAAGAAUUCAGUUUGAGUCGUCAGGAAAUGAGUGCUGGGUAAUAUCACACGUUCACUCUCCAUAUUUCUCACCCUUCCCCUCAACCACACCACACACACACACUCAAUCCUAGACAAACCCAUGGCUAUGUACUUAUUGUACCUCGUAACUCAGCAAAGAACUGGCAAACAGUAGGUCCUGAAAACAGUGUUGGCACACAUGACACCCACUCCCACACCCUCCUUGCCUGCCAGCACCUUCACACAUGCACACAAAAUAUCAUAUGAAAGUUUCUGAGGCUGUGUGUGUUAGUAGUAUAGAGAUCAUGUCUUCUCUCCUCUCAGAGUGUUUGUAUGAGAUCAGUCAACAAGCUGCACCUCCCUGUAAGGAUUACCACCAACUCACAGUCACCCAGACACAGGUGGUUUUCAAGGUGUGGAGUGUGUCCUGUCCUCUACGACACGAGAAACCACAACCUGCAGAAAACAAGAAAUCACACACAGACUUCCUACAGGAUAGCCACGCACAAGGUCACAUAGGGCGAGUGUUUGGCCCACACACUCUGGACUAUGUGGUGAACCUGUGCUGGCAUCGCUAUGACUACCUGGUCCGGCUCCCUGAUUGGCUGCUCCUGAACAUCCUGUCCUUCCUGGAGUGGGCGGAUAUUAAGAAUAUCUCCCAGACCUGCAAGAGGCUCCAACAGCUAUGCUGCAGUGAGGGAUUUUGGGCGCAGGGGACAGCUGGGGCCAGGUACGGGAAGAGUGAGGUCACUAUGGAGGGUGUGAGCCCUACUCUACAGCGCCGUCUGGUGGUGUUUCACAGAAGACAGGUGCUCUCCCGUCUGGCCCAGCAGCAGCAGCACAACAAGAGGAAGAACAGUGUCUGGCACCUGUGAAAGAGUUAGCCUGGUCACGCAGCGCUCUCGUUUCGUUUAAAUUCAACAGAAUGUCAGCUAUCGCACGAUCAGGCAGAUUUCACCAGAACACAUGUGAGAGGGACAGAGGAGCAAAGUCUGUCUGUCUGUCUGUCUGUCUGUCUGUCUGUCUGUCUGUGUGUCUCUCAAACACUUUCAAGAUAUUUUAUUAUCAUCUAUUACAUGUCCAUGACCUGGAAAAUAGUUAUGUUAGGCACAUAUGGCAGAGUUAGUUUACAUAUGUAGUGUAGCUGCCUGUCAGUGUUUUGAAUGGCCAGCAGGUGGUGAUAUUAAGCAGAAAUCAGAGCGCCUCAUAAAUUUGAUUCACUAAUAGGUGUAGCCUGCUGUAGAACAUGUGUGCUCAACUAGGGGAAGAGGUAUUGCUACUCCAAAACCUUUUAAUGGUUAUAAUGAUACAUUGCUAAUGUUGUUUGUGUUUUUGGUCUCAAAUGAUAGAAUAAAGAACAUACGGCACGAUCACCUA